AUGGAUGUAGUGAAGAAGACCAAGAAUACCCGGCUCCGUACUCACCUCUUCAACACCACCGUACUUCCUGCUUUGACCUAUGCUUCGGAAACCUGGGCAUUUCGCAAGCAGGAAGAAAACGCAGUGAUCAUCACUGAACGCGCAAUUGAGAGAGUGAUGCUAGGAGUAUCCUGUUUCACGCAAGUGAGGGACGGGAUUCGAAGCUCUCUCCUACGUCAACGAUCGAAGAUUAGAGACGCCGCCGCGUUUGCCAAGGAAAGUAAAAUAAGGUGGGCCGGACACGUGAUGCGCUUUAAUGACAACCGUUGGAUCAGAGCCGUGAGCGACUAG